AUGACCGAUUGUACUUCUACUACUGCGAAGAUGCGCGAGGAGGACUUGAUGCAUGGCAGCGAAAUCUAUGUCGACAGGUUUGCCCCAGGUGUAGAGAGUAGCACGUUACGGCGCGUGCCCGAUCGCAUUCCAUGGGUUGUGCUGCUCAUCUUAAUCGUUGAGCUGGGAGAACGAUUUACCUAUUUUGGCUUGAGUGCACCAAUCCAGAAUUACAUUAAAAACCCGCAUGACUCACACUCUGACCUUCCUGGCGCUUUGGGCCGCGGUCAGGCUGUCGCCACGGCCUUGGGCAACUUUUUCAAAUUUUGGGCUUAUGCUUCGACUGUUGUUGGCGCCAUUGUCGCAGACCAGCAUCUUGGCCGCUUCAAAACAAUCGCCCUAGGAUGCGGUGUUUAUAUUGUCGGUCUCGUGAUCCUCGUUGCUACAUCGACACCUGCUGGGAUCCAAUCUGGUGCCGGUUUUGGCGGGCUGGUUGCGGCCAUGGUAGUAAUUGGACUUGGCACAGGUAGUAUCAAAGCAAAUGUUACACCCAUGUGCGCAGAGCAGUACAAGCCUGAUGCGGCGUAUACGAAGCGAUUGGCCACUGGCGAGUGGGUAAUAGUGGACCCUGAACUGACAGUUGAACGCAUGUUCAACUGGUUUUAUUGGGCGGUCAAUGUGGGAGCGCUUUCGCCGUUGAUUACGGUAAAUGUCGAGGCCCAUGUAGGAUUUUGGGUCGCCUACUUGAUCCCUUUAGUGGUCAUCGUUAUUGCUGCAAUGAUCUUCAUCUUCAGCAGCCGGCUCUUUGUACAAACACCGCCUCACGGCUCAGCGAUCGUCGAUGCUGCCCGCAUCGUGGCUAUUGCCAUUAAGGAAGGUGGCUUCGAAAAGGCCAAGCCGAGUGCUCUGGAGGUACAGGGAACUCUUUCGCGCCAUCCUUUUGCGCUGUCCCCCAAGUAUACCGACAAAUCUGUCAAAGAAGUGCAAAUGGGUAUCACUGCAUGCAAGUUCUUCCUUUUCCUUCCUUUGUACUUUGUCUGCUGGAUCCAAAUUUGGAACAAUCUCAUCUCACAAGCUGGAGACAUGGCAUUGCACGGUACACCGAACGACCUCUUACAAAACCUUGACCCCAUCGCUUUGAUCAUCUUCAUUCCACUACUAGACUUUUUUAUUUACCCUCUGCUUCGCAAGCACAAGAUCAACUUCAGCCCAGUCCUAAGAAUGACAGCUGGCUUUCUAUUAGCGGCAAUGGCCAUGGCGUACGCAAGCGUGCUUCAACAUUAUAUCUACAAGUCGCCAAGGACGAGUAUUCACGUUUGGAUCCAAGCUCCCGCUUACAUUCUUGUGGCAUUUUCCGAAGCUUUUGUUAUCAUCACUGGUCUGGAGUUGGCGUACACGAAGGCACCCACAAGGUAUGACCCGUAUAUGGUAUGGAUGUACGGCUCUCUCGCCAUUGUCGGCUUUAUCGCAGGUUGUGCCUUAUAUGUUUGCUUCCGAAACUCUUUCCAGGAGGUGCCAGUCAUCGUAGGCGCUGAAGCAAUGAAUGAGAUGGGUGUGAGCAAGUUCACUGCAGAUGCAGGGAAACUUGCUAUCGAGGAGGGGAACAAGCGUGCCAAGUAG